AUGAGUGACUUCAAAGGCAAUUCGGAUUCCAACAAAAAUGACAUGGACUGCGAAAUGGUACGUUAUUUUAUUGAAUUUGGCGAGAAAAACGGAUGUAUCUUGGCUGUCUGCAGAGAUAUCAAAAAGAUGUCAACUGAUAAAAUGUUCAGUAAGAAAUUGUGUACAUUUUAUCAGUUGACCACUUUUCGAUAUCUCCAGCGGCAGCUGAGAUAUAUUCUCUCAAAUAAACAGUAUUCCAGUUGCUUCCGAAAUGUCUGCAAAAGUUGGAGAUUGGGCUGAAGUCGACGGAUCUGCGGGUGUCGUUCGAUGCUCCCACCAAUCAGUUUGUUGUUUUUGGGACAAUAUUAUCUUUCUGCUUCGAAAUAGUAAUAAGUAACUUUCGAAACGUUUUCCUGAUUACUGUGAACACACAAUUCUAUGAGCUUGCAGUUUUCCACAACUACCUCUCUCAAUCUGAAUUCCAGAACGACGUACACGUACAGUGUGGGUUGGGAUGACGAGCUGGGGACCGAGCAAAAGUACCGGGACUUUAUGAAACGGAACAUUCAAGGUCUGUUCAUUUAUAAACAAACUUUUCGGAUUCUCAGUGACACGUUGAAUCUGUCGAUUUUUUCAGAACACAAUACCGAAAUGAUGGGUGCUUCUGAUCCGGUCGACAUCAAUGAGAAGUUGGUUUUUAUACAGUCAAUCCUUCAAAUAUGUCGCUGAUUUUCAGGCCCGCUCCCCUCGAGACGUCCUCGGCUGCCGAGAGUUCCACUUCUUCUCAAAGUACCAUUUGUAGACAAGUUCAGAAGCCGUGCUCCUCGUCGAAAUCGAUUCCAGUGUAUUCGGAAUGGAAGGUCAGAAGCAGCAAGACUCUGCCGAAGAGAACGGACGAUUCUCUCGUGAUCCGUACGAUUCAGUCGCCGAAUGAUUCCAAGAAGAGGUAAGGCGCAUGCGGAGAAGUUUUAUUUGAUCGGACUCUCAGACCGUUUUACCGAGUUUCAAAUGAAAAGUAUCAAAAGUCUCUGAGACAGACAGUUUCAGUAACUCCUCCGUCUCUUCCUCUCCGAUCUCCUCGACUCCCUCGAUCUCCAGCCGUCUGUCUCCGUUCAUGUUCUCCGUUUUCGCCAAACCGCCCGUCAUCUACGCGACCGAUUCGUACUCGGAGUCUUCCGGAUCCUUCUCUCUGGUUUGGCCCACCGGACCAUGAAAGAUGAAUUAGAGGGGGGAGUUGCAGGAUGGAUUGCAGAAGGUGCUCGUCAAGUUGGUCAUCAUUGAUCAGGGGCGAUUCCGCGGCAAGUUGAGGUGAGUGGCUGCGCAUUGAAGGAGCAUGCACACGGUCUCUAAAUGUGAUGUACAGAUGGAAGAGUGCGUGUUUCUCGUCCAUUUGUGAACGGAAAUUCUCAACAACAACAACAACUUCCAGACCGUUCUCGCAAACGGAGGCCGGCGGUUGUGAUCGUGUGCAGGCGGUGCUGAGCCGUCUGCUCCGCGAGCAUCCCACUCUCUCCUCCUCUCCGUCCACUUCUCCCGCUCUCUAUUUCGCUUUCCGCGCCGAGGACGGUGCGCAAAAGUUGCGUCGCAUCCGAAACGACGAUCUCCGCCACAUUCUCGUCUCGAAUCUUCCGAAAAUGUGCGUUUUGUUGUUGUCUCAAUUCGACGGAGACAUGCGAUUUUUCAGCCGAAAAAACGUGGUCCUCGUGCUCGACGCGGUCGAUUUCAUCGGAAAGGGCAAAAAGAUUCCGAUUCAAAUUGACUAA